AUGUCGGCAGAUAGAUUACUAGCCACUUUGCUCAGAUAUCUGCAGUCUACUUCCGACCAACAAGACACUCCACGACUGCUCGGCACUGCUCUAUCACUGUUGACUUCGUUGAAUAAUCCCCUGAAUAUCACUCUACUUACCAGUCAACUACUAUCCGCGCCAGCCUUGUGGGCUCGUCCAAAUGCCUUGUCAUCUUCGUUAACCUUCAUGAGCCUGUUCCACUCGGCCGCCAUUAAAUGCCAUGAACGCGAAGUCGCCGACCGACAUGACCAUCCACUUCCUCUAGCAGCCCGUCCACAUCUCGAGUCCCAUCUUCCUUUGGACCAAUGGAUCACAGCUGUCAUCAAGGGUGCUGAUGAGCAUUCCUCUCCGGCCAACCACGCCCUCACCAUAGGAGGCUUGAUGGUCGGCCUGGCCAGUCGCCAUCAUGACUUCAUGACCACCAACCUCGGCUUGAUACUACGGACCGCCUUUGUUAAAGCCGUCAAUCUGGCGCUGCUAGAAACCCAGCCCGAGGACGACUUGGCUCAUGGCUCCAUUGUUCUGCCUCUCAACCACGCUUUCACUCACCUGUCUGACUUGGACCGAGCAGCUCUUGAUUACGAUCGUCUUCUUCCCGUGCUCAUGAGUACCACAUUGCACUCGUCAAAUGGCCUGAGGUCCGCCUACUUCUUGGGUGCAGCAGAUGCUGAGCUCCAGCAGGUCUCGAGUCAACAGUUCAAUUGGCCUUCAGACUCGCCGUCAUACCAACAGGUCGACUCUAUCCUUAAAAGUCCACUGAUAUCGUCUCUCGGUCCCUUGUCGAGACUGAUAGCGCAUACAAUAGACCAUGUACAAGACACGUGGCUGGUACUGUCUGCUGUUGAAGACAUAGCAGACUUUUCGAAACGUCUCGGAAUUCAAUGGAGACAAAACAAGCUGUCAGAGAUCGAUGCUUCGGAAGAAGCCAUCUUCCUUCAUGAAGAAGCCCGUACGACGACCCUUCCUACCCUGUGGAGGCUGCUUCGAUCCAUCCUGUUUGCGAUCGUCAUCAUGCUCCGUAGCGCUGUUGCUCGUGUAGUCGGGGAUGUGUCUUUGGCAGCCCACAAGAAUGCACCUCAUAUUGCUCAAGCGACCUUGCACUCCCUCCGCAAUCUUUCUUUCAUCUUCACCCGUCUAGGCAACGUCUCGUUCUCGCAAUAUACCUUUACCUAUCUCACCUCGAUCGACAUACUCGCCAAUUACCCAACUCAGUCGUCUACUUUCCUAGAUUCUAUAGCACCUUCUGAGCCUGGUCAAAUCCCCUCCCAUCCCCUCGAGCGUAACUUUGACUUCUUUUUCCUCAACACAGCCGAACACUUCGCUCUCAUCCUCUCACCACGUCAGAACGAAGACCUUCUACUCGCCGCGUCAUCCCCCUACCUCAUCACAGCCGGCAACCCCAACCUUCUCCCCAUCUUCGAAGCCGCUCACAGCGUCACCCUAUCAGUCUUCUCCGCGCCCCAAAACGUCGACCUCACAGCAAAACACCUCCCCUUCUACGUUGACGCCUUAUUCCGUGUAUUCCCACACAAUUUGUCUUCCCGCCAAUUCAGACUCGCUUUCAAAAAUCUCAUCAAGGUCGUUUCACCACCUAGUCGUACAGCUGUAGCACAACCAAUGCUCGCCGCUACCCUCCUCGACCUUGUGCAUGAACGUGCCAUCCACGCCCCGACCGCUCCCUUACCACCAAGCUAUGUGCCUGCUCAACAAACCGCACCAGAACUCGAGAGCGCCCCUAAAUCUAGCAUACCCGAUCUGUCUGAACAAGCAGUACUGGUGCUCACUCUGAUCGACGCUUUCCCAUGCCUCUCUCUGGCUCUGUUGGAAGAAUGGCUCCCCUUGACUGCCGCAGCAGCACAGACGAUUUCAGACACAGAUAUGCGUGAAUACUGCAAAAAGCAUUUCUGGGAGGUCUUGGUCGGUGGCGAGAUGGAUCCGGAGCGUAGUCAGAUCUGUGUGCGCUGGUGGACUUCAAGAGGAGGACAGGAGGCAUUGCUCACGGCUGACAACCCGGCAGAAGAUCAAUUUGUCAUGAGUGGUGGUUUGGGUGAGCAAGAUAAAAUCAUGGCCAAGUUAUGA